AUGUCCCCCUCCAUCUCCGACAACACCAUCCCGGAGGUCGCCCUCGACCAGACCACUCCAGCCGUCGCCGACUCCACCCAACCCUCCGUCAUCGGGCGCACAAACGACCUCUUCUCACUAGGCAACCGCACGGUUGCAAUCACAGGCGGAGGCCGUGGACUGGGGAUCGUGCUUGCGGGCGCAGUGAUCGAAGCGGGCGGCGAUGUCGUGUGCCUGGACCUGCUGCCGGCUCCGAGCGCCGAGGAAUGGGCCUCCGUGCAGAAGCUGGCCACUGCGCGGCGCCUGCACGCAUCCUACGUCUCAUGCGACAUCACCGACGAGGCGUCCACGAAGCAGGUUCUUGAGCAGAUCGCCGCCGACGCCUUGAGCCGCAAAAUGCCCCUGCGCGGACUUAUCACCUGCGCCGGAAUCCAGCAAAUGGUGCCCGCGUUGGAGUACCCCGUCGACAUGUGGAGGAAGAUGUUGGAUGUCAAUGUGAUUGGCACUUUCAUUCCCGCCAAGCACUGCGCUCGCAUUUUCAAGGAACAGAACACCCCCGCAAGUAUCGUGAUGAUUGCUUCGAUGUCGGGCCAGAUUGCCAACAGGGGUCUCACCUGCACAGCAUACAACUCCUCUAAAGCCGCAGUUCACCAAAUGUGUCGCUCUGUCGCCCAAGAAUGGGGACAGUAUGGCAUCCGCAUCAACACGCUCUCCGCCGGUUAUAUCCGCACUGCAAUGACGGAUGCUUUGCUCGCGGAGAAGCCGGAGGUGGAGGAGACUUGGAUGCGGGGGGCGUUGUUGGGCCGUCUGGGUGUGCCGGAGGACUUCAAGGCGCCGACGGUGUACAUGUUGGCUGAUGGCAGCGGGUUCAUGACGGGUGCGGAUCUUAGGGUGGACGGAGGACAUUGUGCUUCUGCUUGAUUACAGAGCUGGAUUUAAUAGAUGGCGUUAAGGUAGAUAAGGGAAUGUACUUCGUUAGGCAUUGGAUUCUUGUCUGUGGUGGUUCGUCGAGGUCAUACACAAUAAGCUGCCUUCGUGGCGGCCGAAAUGCCG